CCGGGCGCUGCUCACCAUGCUGCGGUCGGUCAGGCGGCGCUGUCCGGGGGUCCUUGCCCCCUGCUCGGUCCGUGUCUCCUCCCCGCAGGGUGACUUAGCAGAGUUCUCGGUCGGAGAAGCGCACGACGCAGCGGGAGUAACUGCGAGCCCUGCGUACGGCAGCCAUCUUCCCGGAGAGUGAGGGGCAGGAGGACCGGGAGCAGCCGAGACCCUGGCCCAGACAGACCCCACGAGCACUGAGAGAAAGGACAGAGCGUCGCCCUCCCGACGCACGGGCCGCUUAACUACGCGGCGUCGGCCAUGAGGACUGCAAGUCCCAGCAUGCAAUACACCAUUCUGCCUGGUUCCCCGCUUGGAUCAAUGUGGAGCGUUGCCUCCUGGGCAAUGUAGUCUCCAUGGGCCACUCCGCUCCAGGAGAAGCAUUGCAUGCUGGGAAUUAAAUUGUUUUUAACAGGCCAAUCAAAUGGAAAGGAAGCACAGGCUGCUAGGAAGUGUAGUCUCUCAUGGGCUACUCAACUAGAGAUGGGAGCAGUGGCUGCUGGGACCUGUAGUUCCUGCGGGUUGUACGUACCCCUGCAGAGUUGCGUAAUACCGAGUGACUACCAUACAAUGGGCUGGAUUCAUCAAAGCCAAAGGAUCCACAUCAUGAAUAGAUACACUACUAUCAAACAGCUUGGCGAUGGGACGUAUGGCUCCGUCCUCCUAGGGAGAAGCAUUGACUCUGGGGAGCUAAUUGCCAUUAAAAAGAUGAAGAGAAAGUUCUACUCUUGGGAGGAAUGUAUGAAUCUUCGAGAGGUUAAGUCUUUGAAGAAAUUAAACCAUGCCAAUAUAGUAAAACUGAAAGAAGUUAUCAGGGAAAAUGAUCAUCUUUAUUUUGUGUUUGAAUACAUGAAGGAAAAUCUUUACCAAUUGAUGAAAGAAAGAAACAAACUGUUUCCUGAAUCUACAAUUAGGAAUAUUAUGUAUCAGAUCCUGCAAGGGCUUGCAUUUAUCCAUAAACAUGGGUUCUUUCACAGAGACUUGAAACCUGAAAACCUCCUUUGCAUGGGACCAGAACUUGUGAAAAUAGCGGACUUUGGCUUAGCCCGAGAAAUCCGAUCUAGGCCUCCUUAUACAGACUAUGUAUCUACAAGAUGGUAUAGGGCUCCUGAAGUUCUUCUGAGGUCCACCAGUUAUAGCUCUCCCAUUGACAUCUGGGCUGUCGGCUGUAUAAUGGCAGAGGUUUACACAUUAAGGCCUCUCUUCCCUGGUGCCAGUGAAAUCGAUACUAUAUUCAAGAUUUGCCAAGUACUGGGGACACCGAAAAAGAACGACUGGCCUGAAGGCUACCAACUUGCAGGUACCAUGAAUUUUCGCUGGCCCCAGUGUGUACCUAACAACCUAAAGACCCUAAUUCCUAAUGCUGGCAGUGAGGCAGUUCAGCUCAUGCGAGACAUGCUACAAUGGGACCCCAAAAAGCGACCAACAGCUAGUCAGGCACUUCGAUAUCCCUACUUCCAGGUUGGGCACACACUGGGCACCUCUCUCUGCAUUCAGGAACUGGGCAAGCAGCCGAAAGAACUCCAUGAUAAAGCAGCACUGCACCAUGUUAAACCGGUCCCUCCUGCACAACCCCCUCCAAAACCUCAUGCCCAUCUCUCAUCUAGACCAUUCCAGCAAAGCCAGUCUUCCCAGUACCUCAUGUACCCGUAUAAAGCAGACUCCUUAGUGACUGACCACGGGACCCAGUUAAGAGAGGACAAGCCUACUCCAGUGGUUCUGCCAGCACUUUGUAGUCAAGUUCCUCAGCAGAAAGUACCGGUUGGGACAGAGAACACGAAUGGUGAACUUAAACCAAAGACUAGGCAAAGAUGGGGACACAUUACUAGAACAAUGAAAGGUUCUGAAGAGUGGGAUGACUUGGAAGACUUUGAUUUUAGCUCUUCCCUCACCAGAACUGAUCUGAAAAACAAGAGGCGACAGAGCGAUGAAGCUCUUUGUAGGUUUGAAAGCAUUUUGGAUUUGAAGCUUUCAGACAAUCUGGGUUCUGGCAACAGUGCCCCUUCCCAUGCGUCCUUUCCACGGCAGGACACACCAACCUUGCGAGUUUCUGCGGCCAAGCAGCAUUACUUGAAACAUUCUAGGUAUUUACCUGGGAUAAGCACAAGGAAUAGCAUAGUCUCCAGUUCAGGCAAGGAUUCUAUUACGUCUAAUCCAUGGCCCACUUCUAGUUUGCCUGGAAAAGCUUCAGGUGUGGGAGGAGGGGUCAAUGGAAUGAAUUCAGGGCACUCAGGAUCGAGCAGGUUGACGGGUGGUUAUAUCCCUUCAUUUCUGAAAAAGGAACUAGGCUCUGCUGGGCAGAGGGUUCAGUUAGCACCAAUUGCAGAUCCAUCUUCUAAUUAUGCUUCUCUGAAGUCUGUCAGACCUCAUAUUGGGCGGCCAUCAUUUAAUACACCUUCAAAAAGCACACCAGCAUUAAUGCCACGUCCACCGCCAAUUCAGCCAAUCCAUGGACGCACUGACUGGUCUUCAAAGUACGGAGCUCACCGGUGACUUGCAGAAAGCACUUUCUGUUGAAUCAGUGCACAUUUCUCAUGAAAUGGUGACCAAUGCUAGACCAUUUGCCAUGACUUUAUAAGCCUGUGAUUUAAAAAAAAACCCUAUCUUCUUUGAGCGAGACAUUUCAAGACUUUUUUAGUUUUAUUUGUAUUGAUUUGAAUGCAAUCUUAUACCUUUUUGUAUAAAAUUGUUUUGUUAUAUGAUCAGGUCCAAUUAUUUUCUUAAAACCAAUACAUUUUGUAUAUAUGGCUUGAAGUUUUUGGCAUUUUAUACGAUAAACUUUGUAAUGAACUUGAUAAAAAAUUAAUAUUUCCUUUGUCAGGUCCAAAUAUUUUAUAUAAGUAAAUAAAACGUAGCAGACUGAGGCAGUAUUGCAAAAGAGAUGCAAUUGUGAGAAAGAGGCAUUCACCAAAUAUUGUUUUGUGAUCGUUACGCUCUGAAUGGGACGUAUGAGGCAAGGCGGUCAAUCAAACUGAAUAAUUCAGCAGUGCCAUGCUGCACCAGCUGGAUGAAUUGUCAGUCUUUCACCUGCUUGGGGCGUCAAUGACAUAACAUGAAAAACUAAGGACCUGAACUUGCUCUCCUUGAGGUCAAUGGCAGGUGGAUUGGGCCCUAAAUCAAUCACAGGCUUAUUGAAGGGUGUUUUUUUAGCUUUGGCUGGUGUUUGUAAAUUUGUCUUCACACUGUUUGUGCUGCCUGUCAGUUUUUCAGUUCUGGGGUUGAUCCUGCAAUCCCAAGGCCAAAUCUCUGCUAACCACACUGUGAGUUUGGCCUGAAUGAGACCAGCAGAAUCAGGCUGCUAGUUUGACUACAUUCCGCCUGUUUGUAAUGCUAUCUCCGUUCAACAAGUAUUCUGUGGGUUUUCCUCAUCUGUCCUGAAGUGCCCCUUCAGACUUAACUGUUGUUGUCUUUCAGAGUGAAACUAAAACAUGCUGCAUAGGGGGCUGCUCCUAUUAGUCAAUUAUAACUUUCCUAAAGACUUCCAUGAAGCAAAGUCAGGCCCUGUUUAGGUAGGGCAAGUAGGAGCUGGAGAAAUAUUUGAGGCAAUAUUGAAUAUGACAAAGCUGGUUCACAGGCACAGUAACAUAGUAUUAAUGAUGCACCAGCAGCGAAGUUUAAGAAACUAUAUAUGCAGCUGAUUUAAUUUCUAUUACUUUGUUUUCCAGCCUGAUUCCCUUAAUAUAUCCAGAUUCAGUUUUUAUAAACAAGUAAAUGUCAAUCAACAGUUACAGUGCUGAUUUAGCUCACCUUCCCAUAUUGUUAAAUAUAGCUCGGUUUCCAUAAACGAGGUCUUGUUGGUUAUUUUGUCAGAGUAAGCAUUUAGGAUCAAAUUCUGGUCCCAGUGAUGUCCAUGGCGAAAUCUCAAUUGAUUUCAUUGAGACCAGGAGUUGACUUGUGGAGGAGGGGAAAAGUAACAUGGUAGAGAAGUUACAAGGGUUACUGACAGAGGAAAGCAGCCAAAUAGCACAGAUACAAAACUGAGUGGGGAUUGUUCUCUCCAUUCUAAAUGCUUAGCUUAUCAAAGUGCACGGGAAAAGGCCACCUCCACUUUCUAGCAAAAAUGUGCAAAAAGGAAAAAAAUCAUCUGUGUAUUUCACCACACAGAAAACCGUCCCUGAUCUCUCGGGGAUAAGGGCUUAGGAAUGGCCUCGCAUUCAUAUGGAGCCUGAUAAUCCACAGGAAGGCCUGGGCCCAACCCCAGCAUAUCCAUGCAGAGUGCCUCUUUCUUUGCACUCUUUCCAAGACCCUUUUCCCUUGUGCUAUCCUAGGAGCUACAUUGCUCUUGGGAUUCCCCAGUCUACCUGCACGCUGCCUCCUCUUCCAAAGGGCAGCAGCUGGAUUGGAAGGUAAUUCUGUGGACUAAUUUCUGCUGGACUUCCCUACAAAAACCAUUUCAUUUUGGGUGGAGCGUGUACCCUAGAGCAAUUUCUCUGCCAGUCCCCUUUUGAAAUCAGAGCAUCAAAUAUGAUUUACUCAUGUGGAGAGAGAGAGCAGCUGCUGACUCAGCUGUCGGAGAGAGCAUGAUGGAUAGUGGCCAGUGCCUUUGUUCUGUGCACUGUGACCACGUGGGCAGCAUAUGCUGCUCUCCACAUGAUGCAAUGAAGGAGCAAAAUGAUCUGCAUUAUUUAAAAAUUAAUAUGUAUGUAGGACCUUCACAGAACCGCAUCAUGGCUGUCUAACCUUCACCACCCAGGCUUUGUUACCAGUUAACUAACAAACACUCAUUUCAAACCUAUAGUACUUGCUAACAGAGCUGUGAUGUUGGUAUACACACAAGGAAGUAAAACGGAGCUAUUUUGAAUUAUGCAGCACUAGAUGCAUGUACUUGGGAGAAAAGGUGGGGUGGGGUGGGAGAAGUGUUUGCCAGGUGGAAAAGGACAAAACUGUGUAUUUACAUUUCUUUAAACCAUAUAGAAUAAGAACUGACCGUUUCUUCUCUGGAAAUCAAAAUCUGCAUUUAUAUUUAGAGAUUUUUAAUUUAUUUAUAAUGAAUGAACUGACACUAAGAAGGGAUGUUUGGACCUAUACAAAUACCUAGCUAGCUGUUUGUAAAUAGUCUAUUCUGCUGUGACCAUAUGCCCCUAAUUCUCACUAAUGGUUGUAGUUCCUAUCGUUGUCAGAAUAGAGAGCCCAAUCCUGCAACCCUUACUCAGGCAAGCAAGUAAUGUGCCUGAGUAAAAGGUUCAGAAUCAUGGCUAGUCCUGAAAAUGGAUCCACAAGAAGGGUCAUAAGGUUACUCGGUGCAGGAAUAAAGAUCUGCAUUCAAACCCCUUUGCAAAUAUGGGGCCUUUAUUUGUCAAACCUAAACAGCUCACAUUCAAAAAUGGUCUACUCUAGUUUUAAAUUAAACAGAUACAAUGUAUAGAUUCACUCAGUAACAAAUGUAUCGUGGGCACAAUCCUGCAGUCUUUACUCAAGCAAACUCACACUGAGCUCAGUGAGCGUUUUUUGCUUGAAUAAGGACUGCAAGUUGGGCUAUAUCUGUUUUUGCUUGUUUGUUUUUUAAUGUUUUCUCUGAUUUGUGCCAUUUAGAUGGAAAAAAGUAGAGGCUGUAUAUUACAUUGAAAACCUGACCAAAAGCAAUAUAUUUGUAAGAAAACAUAUCUCAUGCAAAAUAUUACCUAUCUCUUAGCAGGUUCUGCAGCAUUUUUAUGCUAAGUAUAUGAUUUUGAUUUUUAGAAUUAUUUUACAAUUUACAGUUUCUGUGUAAUAAUAUGACCUUAAUAUGAAGGAGUCAGACCUUGGGUUGGCAUAUUAAUCUGUAUUAUCUUGAUUUUCUUAAGUUAUAUACAGAGAAAUAAAAUGAAAUUCGUACUGAAACCCUCCCCACCCUGUUUACAGAUUCAUUAAAAACGCUUUAGUGGAAGUACAUGCCAUAAAAUGGGGAGAAAAAUAUUUAUUGAAAGAGAUAAAAACCCAGAAGAUUUUCUUCAUUUUUUUUUUCUGGGUGUGGGUGGUGGUGGUGUGUUUGUUGGAGGGUGGGUGUUUAAACUGUUUAAUUUCUUCUGUGUAAAGAGCCUCCUGCCCAGAAUAAAGUUACUCUUGAAGAGAUGUUGACUUAA